AAAGCCGGACGUUAGCAUCACGUCGCUAAACAGAACCAGCGUGAGUGUCAAAGUCUGUGUUUUCCCCCCUUUUAUCACCACGUUUGCUGUCCUCUCACGAGACUUAUCUGAUAUUUAACAAAUGCAAAGUCACCGCAUCUUAUUUGUGUCGCGCUAAACUCCGCGGCAGCCUCGGCGUUGUUUAAAUUAGCUUUAGCGUGCUAGCUGCAAACAAAGAGAAGCGGAAGUUAGCGACGCACGCUAAAAGCAGACGGCAACGCCGCCGGCGGCACCGUGUAGAAAAUGUGUAAAGUCCGAAUGCUGAGAGCCCUGGUGAAUCAGCAACUUAACACUGCCGUUGAGGAGAUAUUUGUAGUGCUCGAAAGAACGCUGACAGAGUACGAGGACGAAUUGUGUCGAACAAAAGAAGAGAACGAGCGACAACGCAAACUACUCGACGCUCUUUUUAAGGCUCGAUCACCGGCAGCAGAUCUUGCUGCCAGGCAGCAGGAGUGGUGCUCCAGGAUGGAGCGGAAGGAGCCCGAGCCCCCCCUCAUCAAAGUGGAGGAGGACGUGGACGUGUGUAGCAGUCAGGAGGCCGAGCAACAAGAGGAACGGGCUGACGUCGCCAAGUACCAGGUGACUAGCGUCAUUGUGAAGAGCGAAGACGACGCCGGAGGCCGCGCCCGGUCGCCCGAGGAGAAUGCCGAGGCCCGUGCUGACGUAGACCCCCGCGUGGGAGUGCAACCUCACGGCCGUUUGGCUCGGGUUACGCGCUCACAGCGAGCCGCGUCGGACCUUCCCAACCCAAGGACUGCGGCUCCCGGCGAUGCGAUGACAGCGGGUAGCACGUUGUCGGGUUUAAACUGUGCGCAACGCGAGCGGCACCCGAGCGGGAAGCCGUUCGUCUGCCCGUUUUGCUGCAAAACCUUCAACCAGCGGGUCCAUUUAUCCCGUCACUUAAGCGUCCACACGGGGGACAAACCCUUCCACUGCACCGUUUGCAGCAAAAUGUUCGCCACCAGGGACCGCUUGCGAUCCCACAUGAGGAUCCACACGGGAGAAAAACCUUUCAGCUGCUCGGUUUGCACCAAGCGUUUUUUCCACCGCUCACAUUUAGUUAAACACUCUCACAUUCACACAGGCGUGAAACCCUUCUCUUGCCUGUUUUGCGGCAAGCGCUUCUACUCCAACGGCGAUCUGAUCAAACACACGCGGACGCACACCGGAGAAAAACCCUUCACCUGCUCUAUCUGCAACACCAGCUUCAGCGACAGCUCCACGCUGGGCAAGCACAAGCGGCGGCACACGGGCGAGAAACCCUUCAGCUGCAACGUGUGCGACAAACGCUUUCCCUUCAAGUUUCAGGUGAAGAAGCACAAGUGUGUUGGUGAGAACAGCAGCACUAAGUGACCUGAACAAGACUAUUAUUACUACUACUACUUCUCUCUCUCCCUUACAAGAUCUAUUCUGUAUAUUAUAGUUGUGAUUAGUUACAGGGGUGUCCAAUGUCUGGUCACUAUUAAAAAUAACAUAGGACUUGCUACAUUUGCUUGACUUGCUACAAUGCUACAUUUAUAAAAAAAAAAAAAAAAAAAAGUUGAGAGCAUGGGGCCAGGGUGUAAAGCAUGGGUGUUGCCACUUCUCUUAUGGAUACGUCGCUCCUGACAAUUACUACUGCUAUUACUGGCUAGGGCUGAGCGAUAUAGCCUUAAAAAUUCCCCUUCCACCUCUUCAAUAAAAAUAAAAUGAAAAUGACAUUCAAAUGAAACCCAAACUCAGACUAACAGAUUUUCAACAGUAAUUUAUAUCAACAUUCACAGAAAGAACAGAAAUAUAUAUAUAUAUAUAUUUCUACAGAUUAUGUGAAAAUAAAAGUACUUCCUCUUGGAGGAAAUGUCCCUUUACACACAGCCCUUUUCAACCCCAAUUCCAAUGAAGUUGGGACGUUGUGUUAAACAUAAAUAAAAACAGAAUACAAUGAUUUGCAAAUCAUGUUCAACGUAUAUUUAAUUGAAUACACUACAAAGACAAGAUAUUUCAUGUUCAAACUGAUCAACUUUAUUGUUUUUAGCAAAUAAUCAUUAACUUAGAAUUUUAUGGCUGCAACACGUUCCAAAAAAGCCGGCAUGUUUACCACUGGGUUACAUCAGCUUUUCUUUUAACAACAUUCAAUAAACGUUUGGGAACUGACGACACUAAUUGUCAAAGCCUUGUAGGUGGAAUUCUUUCCCAUUCUUGCUCGAUGUACAGCUUCAGCUGUUCAACAGUCCGGGGUCUCCGUUGGCGUAUUUUACGCUUCAUAAUGUGCCACACAUUUUCAAUGGGAGACCGGUCUGGACCGCAGGCCGGCCAGUCUAGUACCCGCACUCUUUUACUACGAAGCCACGCUGUUGUAACACGUGCAGAAGGUGGUUUGGCAUCGUCUUGCUGAAAUAAGCAGGGGCGUCCGUGAAAAAGACGUUGCUUGGAUGGCAGCAUAUGUUUCUCCAAAACCUGUAUGUACCUUUCAGCAUUAAUGGUGCCUUCACAGAUGUGUAAGUUACCCAUGCCAUUGGCACUAACACAGCAUCACAGAUGCUGGCUUUUGAACUUUGCGUCCAUAACAGUCCGGAUGGUUCUUUUCCUCUUUGGCCCGUAGGACACGAAGUCCACAAUUUCCAAAAACAAUUUGAAAUGUGGACUCGUCGGACAACAGAACACUUUUCUACUUUGCAUCAGUCCAUCUUAGAUGAACUCGGGCCCAGAGAAGCCGGCAUCAUUUCUGGGUGUUGUUGAUAAAUGGCUUUUGCUUUGCAUAGUUGAGUUUCAAGUUGCACUUAUGGUUGUAGCGCCGAACUGUAUUUACUGACAUUGGUUUUCUGAAGUGCUUCUGAGCCCAUGUGGUGAUACCCUUUACACAUUGAUGUCGUUUUUUUAUGCAGUGCCGCCUGAGGGACCGAAGGUCACGGGCAUUCAAUGUUGGUUUUCGGAACACAAAAAGUCCAGCUGCCUCAGUUCAACUUUGGAGAUUACCACGAGCACAAUUUAUUAUACAUUGUUCUAGUGAGUCAAAAAUGACUUGAGCAAUUAUGCUACCAGACUAACUGUAUGCAAAGAAGCUAUUUACAACUAAAGUUACAAAAUUUCUCUUUCAUAACACCCUGGUGAAUAAAGAUAAUUCAGUUUCUGGAGCCAAAGGUUUUGCUCCACUUUCUUCUCUGUGUCAAAGUCUGCAUUGUGAACAUUAUCACUGCUUUCAAGAUUGUCAUCUUACUACAGAUAUCUCUUGUUUUGGUUCUGAAUGUGGAGAUCAGAUUACCUUUAACACAAAGUUGUGAUAUAGCAGUUUAAAAAAAAAAAUAUAUAUAUAUAUAUAUAUAUAUAUAUAUAUAUAUGACAAUAAACGAUACAUAAUAACUUGAUGGAAUGGUGAAAGUUAGAGAAUGUCAGUGGCCCUUGCAUCGUUCCAUUUUUCUGUAUGCGGCCUGCGAUGGAAAAGGUUUGGACACCCCUGGAUUAGUGAGUAGUUCGUAGACAGAGGGUGAUAGGCCCGUGAGAAGCGUCAUAGAGUCAAGACCCCCGCCCCUCCCUGCAUGCUCUCACCAUACAUGUGCGUAUUUUACGUGCCGCCCCGCCUCUUAAAGACGCAUGCAUGUACAGACACUACAACACGGACAGUAUUUUCUACACAUUAUAUGCUUGAAUUGUUGUGUUCCAAUAUGUUUAGAAAGUGCGGGAUGAGUAAAACGAAUAUAAACAAUGUUUAUAGGGUCUAUAGUGUGGAUUCUCCCCAUACGAGGGUGUGGUAGUAUGUAUCCAUCAUACUGUAAAAGAGUGAUCGAGUCACCAAAAAGCACUUAACAAAAUCUUACGGGACUUGCCCAUUACUUCCGCUUAGUGCACUGGAGUGGAGCAUUUUGGGUCGCAACUAUGAUGUAAAAGUGACUUUUGAAAUGUCUUGUUUACAAGUAGGUUGGGAGUUCACCCUUCCAGUGUGAAAUUAAACAACAAAG